AUGGGGGCUAUUGUAUUCCAGAGCAUUGAAACUCAUAUCAGAAUUCCAAUCAAACCAAUUCAUUUGAGUGAUAUUGCUGCAUCCGUUUACUCUUUCUUGAAUCUCUUCUUAGGAAGGUAUAUUAAGAUGCUUAGAGGCAUAGUUAUUUGUUAUAAUGGCGAUAUUUCAGUUUUACAAGAAGCCGGUACAAUCGAUAAUUUAGGCGAAGUUGUUUAUUACAAAGUAGCCGUUGAGUUCGUAAUCAUGCGUAUAAUUAUAAACCAACCAUGUACUGGUCUAGUAGAAGGUACUACAACUGAUGAUAAUCAAGUUGAACUUUUAGUUCAUGGCAUCUUACCAGUCAAGGUCCCAGCAGAUGGCCGAACACGUCAUGGCUGGCAGACUUUCGUCAUAACUAAGAUAAAUAUCGGCCAGAUAGUAGCCCAGGGUAUCUUUAUAGAUUAA